AUGACAUCUUUCACUUCCGCUAAACUUUGCUUCCUCCCUUAUUGCCUUGUCAUCUUCUUGUUUGUUUCAUCACCAAAUUGGGUUGCUUUUCCUUCUGCUACUUCUACUUCUCAUACUGAGGCAGAGGCUCUUCUCAAAUGGAAAGCCAGCUUCUUUCCAAAUCAAGCCCUCAAUAACCUCACCUGGUACGACCUUCCCACUCAUAAUAUUAAUGCCACCAAUUCUUCCAGCACCAAUCCAAAACCAAGAACAAGCCCAUGCACUUGGACUGGUGUUUCAUGCAACGCAGUUGGAAGUGUCAGCAAGCUAAACCUUUCCACUUGUGGUAUUCAAGGUACGCUACAUGAGUUUUCAUUCUUGUCCUUCCCUAAUCUUGAAUAUCUUGACCUCAGCUUGAACAGACUCUUUGAUGCCAUCCCACCUCAAAUUAGUAACCUCUCCAAACUCCACUAUCUUCAUCUCUCCCAGAAUCAGUUCUCUGGGAGAAUUCCACCAGAAAUUGGUCUCUUAAGAAAUCUUAAGUUUCUUCAUCUCUCUUGGAAUAACUUGUUGGGGGAAAUUCCUAAAGAGAUAGGCAACCUGAAAUCUCUUGUAUAUCUAGCAUUGUCCUACAACAAUUUAAGUGGUGUCAUCCCUCCAAAUAUUGGUAACUUAAUAAACCUAAAUAAUUUGUACAUGGGUAAAAAUCAACUUUCUGGUUUGAUUCCCAAGGAGAUAGGGAACUUGAAAUCUCUUGUAGAUCUAGGCUUGUACUACAACAGUUUAAGUGGUCUCAUCCCUCCAAAUAUUGGUAACUUAAUAAACCUAAAAACUUUGUACUUGUAUUCCAAUCAACUUUCUGGUUUGAUUCCCAAGGAGAUAGGGAACUUGAAAUCUCUUGUAGAUCUAGAGUUGUCCUAUAACAAUUUAAGUGGUGUCAUCCCUCCAAAUAUUGGUAACUUAAUAAACCUAAACACUUUGUACUUGCAUCACAAUCAACUUUCUGGUUUGAUUCCCAGGGAGAUAGGGAACUUGAAAUCUCUUGUAGAUCUAGAGUUGUCCUACAACAAUUUAAGUGAUGUCAUCCCUCCAAAUAUUGGUAGCUUAAUAAACAUAAACACUUUGUAUUUGCGUAACAAUCAACUUUCUGGUUUGAUUCCCAAGGAGAUAGGGAACUUGAAAUCUCUUGUAUAUCUAGGCUUGGGCGAUAAUCAACUCAAUGGUUCAAUUCCUAUUUCAAUCAGUGAGUUGCACAACUUGGAAUACUUUUACCUAGGUGAUAACCAACUUUCCGGACCCAUCCCCAAGGAGAUAGAGAAUCUCAAGAAGUUGACUAAUUUGCAGUUGGGUGUAAACCAAUUUUCUGGUUACCUGCCCCAAAAUAUUUGCCAAGCUGGAAAACUCACAAACUUUACAGCAAGCAAAAACUAUUUGACUGGUCCAAUCCCCAAAAGCUUGAAAAACUGCACGAGUUUAUUCAGACUCCGUCUUGACCAGAACCAAUUCACAGGCAAUAUAUCUGAAGACUUUGGCGUUUAUCCGAACCUUCAUUUUAUAGAUGUAAAGCCAUAA